UGUUUGUUUUUCUCUCUGCCCUAUUUACUGCUAUAGCCCAAAACAUACCACAAUGACCAGCGUAUCGAGGGGGCCCUUAAACAUCUAUUAAAAACUAAGGAGCCUUGGGCACUGAUACAAAAGACAGAUGAGCCAUGACACCUAUCCUUGAGAAGCUGAGAGUAUAAUACUAAUGGAAAAUGAAUUCAAACAACACACAUUAAAAAUAUAGGCCUGAACUGCCAGGCUCUGCGCGACUCCCGCCGGGAACAGAGCGCCAGCAUGGGCUGGCCUCAGGGUUUGUUCCGCGCCCUGUGGAGGACGCUGUCAAAGGAGGUGAAGGAGCACGUGGGCACGGACCAGCUCGGGAAUAAAUACUACUAUAUCCCGCAGUACACGAACUGGAGAGGACAAACUAUUCGAGAGAAAAGGAUUAUAGAAGCAGCAAAGAGAAAUGAAACUGACUAUGAAGUAGGUGAUAUCCCAACAGAAUGGGAAGCUUGGAUUAGAAGAAAAAGAAAUACUCCACCUACCAUGGAGGAAAUACUAAAGAAUGAAAAGUACAGAGAAGAAAUAAAGAUGAAAAGCAAAGGUUUUUAUGAAAAAGAAAAGCUCCUUAGUAAAGAGACCAGUGAGGAACUCUUGCCUCCACCUGUUCAGAUUCAAAUUAAAGGGCACGCCUCUGCACCAUACUUUGGAAAAGAAGAACCCUCAGCGACACCCACCAGCACUGGGAAAACCUUCCAGCCAGGGUCCUGGGUACCACAAGAUGAAAAGAGCCACAACCAAUGAACUGCAUUAUGGUGAAAAUCAUUUCACUCGCACAGAUAUGACUAUUUUAACAAAUAAAAGAAGUUCAAAACUGAA